AUGAGCUCGACGCUCUACGUCGAAACAGGCGAUGGGGACGCACCCCCUGCCGAUCUGAUCUCCUACCACUCGAGAUCAGAUGUCAACCGAGUACCGAUACUCAAGACAGGCAACUACCAUGCCUGGGAACGUGGUUUGAAACUUGUUCUGGUCAACCACGACUUAUGGGGAAUAGUCAGCCUCGGCUUUUCCAAAACCGAAGCCUCCGCCCUGGGACUUGGCCUUCGCACCGGUGCGGGCCCUCGUCUCACAAUAUUCGAUCUGCUCCUGGCGCCCGAACUGCUCACCGCGCGCCAAAAGGCGUUACUUAAACAAGACGCCAAGGCUCAAUCCCUUAUUUUGAACUACCUCGACUCCGACAACGCUGUCACCGCUCGCACUUGCACGACUGCAAAUGAGAUGUGGAAGAGUUUACACGACAACCACGUCGGACUGAUCUCUGAUCAAGUUCGAUUUUUAACGGCACAACUUCGCAAUCUCCAAUUCUCGAAAGGAAAAGAGAUCGUGAAGCACUUCACCAGUCUACAAGAUCUGUUUACUCGACUCGACGAGCUUGGCCAAUCUUUCGAUGACAUUUACAAGUCGAAUCUGAUGCUGGACUCGGUCACUCAUCCCGCCUGGGCUUCGACUUUGGACAAUCUUCGUCGUCCGCUCGCUCCAUCGGCGGAAAUCAUUACCUACACUCGGUCCAAGCUGACUUCGCUCGAAUUUCAAGCUCGGUUCUCACCUCGAUCUACUCCACCUGUCGACAAACUUUCGGAUAUUUCGUCUACUACUCUCGCCGCUCGUAUUUCGGACGCGAGUCAGGGAAAUGGUGGAAAGCGAGGGGGCUCGAAGAAGAACCAAGGACCGAAGCGUAAACCCGACUGUGUCUGUACUGCUUGCGGGGAAAACGGACAUUGGUCCAUCGACAUGAAGUGCCCUCAACACAAACGACACUCCGAAUGGAAAUCCAAGUCUGGUAGUUCGGCCGUCGAUGCAAACGCGGUGACUGAAAUGUCAACAAACCAUGACCGGGUCGAGAGUGAAGUUUCGCAAAAGUGAACGAUCACCGACGAAGUGACGAUGAGCGCCAGUAUCGCCGAUCCACGUGUUUCGGAGCGGGGCGGCAUCCGAAGAUUCACCGAUGGAGUAAAUGGUAUGGUUUCAUUACCGUUCGCACGAACAAGAAUCAUACGCUCAACAUUCAGAAGGUUUAUGAUCGUUCACUUUUGCGAAACUUCACUCUCGACCCGGUCAUGGUCCGUGUAGCCAAUGGUUCCCCGGUUCUCUGCAAAGGCUAUGGUUCCAUUACCGUUCGCACGAACAAGAAUCAUACGCUCAACAUUCAGAAGGUUUAUCAUCUCCCCGGCGCUGAACAAGGUCUAGUCUCUUUCAAGGCACUCCGUAUCGCCGGAGCUAAACUAUCGUUCGGAGAUGACGGUUCGACUAUCAACGUGCAUGUUGGCAGUAGCAUUGUUGCCAGCACCGAAAUCGACACCGAUUACAACUUCAACUUCACUGUGGUCCCUGAAGAACCUGUCGAUGCUGUCACUCGAUCAUCGACUAGCGCUUCGCUCUAUUCUUGGCACUUGUUUUUCAACCAUAUUUCGCAACUUUCGCUCCUCGCCCUGCAUCGUGCGGGAGCGGUCACCGGCCUUCGCUUGACUGACACAACCGUCGUCGACUGCGAAUCGUGCAUCCUUACUCGAAUGACGGCAACUUCUCAUAAUCAACAAUCCCGGUGGGCAGAUCACGUUCUGUAUCGCAUCUCUAUGGAUUUGGGAUUCGUCGACUAUGAAGACUUCCAAGGCCGAUCGAUCUAUCUUGUUAUCGUCGAUCAGUUCUCAAACGCGAAGUUCACCUAUCCGCUUGUCUCCAAGACAGCCGCCGUCGUACUCGAAGCAUGGAAUUCGUUUAUCACCUACGCCGAACGUCUGACUGGUCAAAAGGUCAAGUUUGUUCGUUCCGACAAUGGUACUGAGUUUGUCAAUCGACUUCUCGGUGAUGAGUUCCGUCGUCUUGGUAUCACACACGAAACUACCGCACGUUACACCCCGCAACAAAAUGGUCAAGCCGAACGAGCUAAUCGCACCCUCUUUGAUCUCGUUCGUGCAAUGCUCAAGUACGCUGGUCUUCCCGGAAAGUACUGGUCUUACGCUCUCGCAUCGGCCACGUUUGCUCUCAACCGCUCGCUUCAUCCUUCUAAGCGCAAGACACCGUAUGAACUCUACACUGGUCACAAGCCCGACGUUUCGCAUCUUCGCACCUUCGGUUCUACCGCCUAUGCACUACUACCUAGGGCACUUCGCAAGAAGUUGAGCGAUCAUUCACAAAAGGGCAUCUUUCUCGGCUACAGCGGUGAAUACAACUAUCUCAUCCUUGUCGAUCGAAACACUACACCCAAGGUCAUUAUUACUCGAGAUGUGACAUUUUCGGACAUUCCCUCGACCUCGUCUACUCCGAUCAUUGACAUCCAGUCUGAUCCUCGCGAUUUCGUCGUCGAACAUCUUUACGAGUACGAAAUGGUUCCUCAGCUUCGACCUGAUCAAAACUUUAUCGAACUUGAGGACGAUGUCCACCUUCCUGUAGCACCUCGCGCAGAUGUACCUGGUCCUGCUGUUGCACCUCGCCCAGUAACACCGGUUAGUCCCGCUCCUAGCACUCUAGCUGGAGAUGAUGAUGAUCAUCCUUCUAGGCCAGUGACACCUGAUCCUGGGUCCGAUAAUGAAGCUGACAAUCUUGCUUACCCUAAUGAUGGCCAUGAAUAUCGUCCUUACAACGUCGGUCGCAAUCCGGGUCCUCUAGAAAACAUCAACGAGGAUAAUAUCUUGCCCGCUGGUUCCCGCCGUCAACGUCGCCUCGCUGCUUACUCGGUCAUCGAUACGAAUCACAUCUAUCUCGAUCCUCCUGAACUUGUUGCCCGUGUUUCACCCACCAACCUCGCACUAACUCGUACUCAUGAAGAAGCUAUGGCCUCCAUCGAAGCUCCUUUCUGGAAAGCCGCCGAAGCCGCCGAGAUUGCGAAAUUCGUCGAACUCAAGGUUUUCGCUUCCGCUAUUCUUCCAACUGGUAUGCGCGCUCAUGGUGUUCGUUGGAUCUACACGCGUAAAGAAGAUGCACAAGGAAAUAUCACCAAGUACAAGGCUCGUCUCGUUGUUCAAGGCUAUUCACAAACGUACGGUGUCGAUUUCAUCGACAACUUUGCUCCCGUCGCUUCACUUUCUACCAUCCUAUUCCUCAUCGCUAUCGCCGCUGCCCAAGGCCUCGUCCUUGAACAGUUCGACUAUGAUUCAGCCUUUCUCAAUGGCACGAUGACGGAAGAUGUUUAUAUCAAGGUUCCUGAUGGCUGGCCGCUUGCACACAAGCCCGGUUCAGUUCAAAAACGAAGCAAGCUCGUCGUCAAUGGUAUGCCGCGGUCGAUGACCUCAUGAAGACUCGUGGCUUCCAUCGCUCUACGUCGGACGCUUGUCUCUACAUCAAACGCAAAGGUCGUCGGUUCAUUUUCGUAUCACUUUACGUCGACGAUGGACUCGCUGCUUCGAACGACCAACAGUUCCUCAAUGAUGAACUAUCUGCAUUCAAUUCGGUAUACUCGCUUAAACGACUCGGUCCCGUCAAAACUUUCCUCGGCCUAGAGUUCCAUCGCACUUCCGAAUACAUCAUGGUACACCAGAGUACGUAUGUUCGUGGUCUCCUUGAGACUUAUGCGUUCGAUUCUGUCUCGAACCGUCCGGUCUCAUCUCCUAUGGAAGAUCGGAACGUCGUCGAAUCGAAUGAACCUUUCACGGAUGUCAAACUUUAUCAAUCGGCCGUCGGUGCUUUGCAAUAUGCGGCUCAUCGCACUCGUCCGGAGAUCGCCAACGCUGUUCGUUCUGUCGCUAAGCACGUCGCUGCGCCUACCAUGACGAACUGGAUCGCUAUCAAACGUAUCCUUCGUUAUCUCUCUACGUCUGUCGACCUCGGUCUUGUCUUUCGUUUUGGCGCUUCUACCAAGUUCGAGAUCUACUCUGAUGCGUCUUGGGCCGACGACUGGGACAACGGUAAAUCGACCGGCGGCUAUGUUGCCAUGUGCGCGGGUGGUCCCGUCUCCUGGCAAUGCAAACAGCAAUCUAUCGUCGCUACGUCCACAACCGAGGCUGAAACUCUUGCUGCGUCUGCUGCUUCCAAAGAGGCAGUUGGACUUCGCUCUCUCGCCCUCGAAUUGGGCAUCGAUCAAACCUCGUCGACUGUUCUACAUGAAGACAACGAAGCUUGUAUCGCUAUCGUCCGCAAUCCCGCUGAUCGUGGUCGCACUCGUCACUGGAACGUGCACCAUUUUUACGUACGUGAACGCGUUGAAUUCGGUGACAUCACCCUUCAAUACUGUCCGACCGCGCUCAACACGGCCGACAUGUUCACAAAGGCACUGCCUAAAGCACUCUUUCUCAAGCAUCGCGCUGGACUUGGUAUGGCUUCUCUCGCUACCUCGACCAGGGGGAGUGUUGUCUAG